GGCGGACGCGCCUGAGGCCUGGUGGUGACGCGCCUGGAUCCUGGAGCUUUAGGGCGAUCGGUACCCCUGCCGAGGCACCUUUUGCGCUAGUUCAGGCAUAGGUUGAGAGUUCUCGACCCUGAGCUCGGCGACGUCGUCAACCGUCGACGCCGACAUCUUGCCCAACGAAAAACCCCCCCUCGCAACACCGCCCCGGCCAUGUCGAAAGAGCUCAGCGCCGAGGCCCAGGCGGCCCAGGCGGCGCACCAGCAGCUGAUUGAGCAGCUCGACAACCACUCGAUGCACAAGUCGUUCCGCAACCCGGGCUGGCGGCCGAACCAGCGCCGCAACAAGAACAUCAAGACCAUCCUCGUCGACGCCUUGCGCAAGGAGGCCUCGGUCAUCGCCACGCCCCAGGACAACAACAGCGGCGCCGCCACGCCCCUGCCUCCAGCCUCGGCCGCCGCCGCGCACGAUGAUGGCCUCUCGACCAGCGGCAUGUCCACGCCCGCGGGCGCCGCCGCCGCCGCCGCCAACGGCGGCAGCAACAACAACAGCAGCCUGCAGCCGAACCUCGCGCAGGCCUCGCGCAGCCUCAGCAAGCUGGUGCUGGAAAAAAGCCUAAAGCCCCCGGGGGCCGGCGCCGCCGGCCCGUCGGCGCCCAGCCCCACGUACACAAACAUCGAGAGCGCGCCGAGCAUGGCGCCCCUGAAGCGCUACUGCGACAUCACCGGCCUGCCCGCCCCGUACACGGACCCCAAGACGCGGCUGAGGUACCACAACCGCGAAGUCUUCUCCAUAAUCAGGUCGUUCCCUCAGGGCGUAGCAGAGCAGUUCUUGGAGGCGCGCGGAGCCCAGACCGUGCUGAAAUGAGGGCAUAUUCUUUUCUUGUUUGGUUCUGCUUCUCUAUAUUUUGGCAUAUGUACGAAUCACAGAAGAGCAACUGGCGUUUACCGAGGUGCCGGGGAAUCCGAUUUACGAUUGUCAUCAUAAUGAUAUCAAGUCAAGCGCCUGCCAGGCAUACGCGCACAAGCAGUAUUUGCGAAUGCGCUACAUGUCCGACCGACAAAGUCAAGCUUCAGCUAAGCGCCCGAUGCCUCUCGACACCAGGACGCAAUUGACGCUCCGGCUUAAUCGCGAUCGAAUGUUGAUCUCUGCCUGUAUCAGACCGACCACCGGGGCGUCGAGGAAGGACGGCCCCCAGUUACCAUAGCUCAGAAAGCUAAGCCGCCGCGGCAAGUGAAUAGAGCGAAAGGAGACAGCCUCGUGAAAGAGGUUGAUCAACCUACCUUGUACCCCCUAAGGGCAUGUCUGGAUGAUAUAAACCGGACAUCGGAUGUCAUCUGUCCUUUGGGAGGAGUAAUGAUUGCUGCUGUUGCAGCGGGCAGUCCCAAGACAAGAUAGAGUACCAUAAAAUAUGUUGAUGUAGAAAUGGCGUGAAGACUUGCCAGCUAAAGAAAAGCUUUUCG